GAGAAAAGGGGACGUUGCCAACAGCGAAGACACAAGGAACACUCUCAACAUUCAGCUGCGCAAUACAGAGACACCACCCGGUCUGCCAUGCCUCGCUCGUUCCUCGUCAGGAGUAAAAGGACCCAUCUGCUCGGCCCAGCUAAGGACACCUACAGGCAGCAUUCCCAGGACCACACAGACGCCCACCAGCCUGUGCAGCAUGUGAUGGGACAGGACAGGAAGUGUCCUGAAGAUGCUGUGCAGCCUUUGUCCCCCAUGUUUGGGGUCAAAGACCUUCUGGGUGAAGGCGUCUCACCCUGGGAUGGGAUGGCAGUCCGGUCCCUCAGGGCCCCCACAGAUGAUUCUUGGCCUUCAGCCCCCGUGGAGAACAGAGACGCUCCUCUGCCAGUCUCACCUUGGAUGGUCGACAGACACCAGGCAUCCACCAGAGAGAGACAACUGGAGGGACUCGUCUUCAUGUUGCUCAACCACACAUCUCACACUGACCUUAAAUCCCCUGUCAGCGAGUGUCCGCUCUGUGACAAGUCUUUCUCAGAGGUCUUAUUAUCAGGAGGUGGCCUGCAGGCUCAUCUUCACAAGACCCUCUCUGUCCCAUUGAUAAGAUCACCCACUGCCACAGACGUGUCCCAUGUGCCCUUUGGCUUCAGAGCGAUAGGCAGCUAUAGAGCGAAGGAGCGUAGCUUUGGCUGCAAGGUGUGUGGGAAGGUGUUCAAGCGCUCGUCCACCCUGUCCACACACCUCCUCAUCCACUCAGACACGCGGCCCUACCCCUGCCAGUACUGCGGCAAAAGGUUCCACCAGAAGUCAGACAUGAAGAAACACACCUUCAUACACACAGGUGAGAAACCACAUGUGUGCAAGGUGUGUGGUAAAGGAUUCAGUCAAAGCUCCAACCUGAUCACCCACAGCCGAAAGCACAGCGGCUACCGGCCGUUCAGCUGCCCCCGCUGUCAGCUCAGCUUCCAGCGCAGGGUUGACCUACAGCGCCACCGAGAGACGCAGUGUGGAUAUGGAGACAUGUUCACUCAAACCUGAGUCCUUGAAGCAAAGAAGAGAUGGCAAGACUGUGAAGUGGCAUUUGAUGUGCCACGCAACAGUGUUCUUAGAGGAUCAUCAUCCAAUCAGGUUGUGUAAUUUUCAGGAAUUAUCUUCCUCGUCGAGAAAGUCAUGUGAAUGUGACUGUAGUCUGUGUGUGUGAUUUUCCCAUUAGUGAACGAGGCAGGCUGCAGCUGGGCUCCCGACAGCGAGGACUGAUGAUGCAUUCACAGGAUGUACCUCAACAUCAUCUGGAGGACCAUUUGGAAAUUACUUUCUAGAAAUUAAAGUAAAAAAAAUCAUACACGUCAAUUCUCGGCACUACCAUCUCCACUGCACGUCCAGAACGCUGAAUCAAAGUACUCAGAUUCAAAGCUGCACUGAUCGAUAGCUUCAGUUAACAAAGAUCAGAAGACGACCCAUCUGGCACCAGACGUCAAUAUGAUGUUAGAAAGACAUUGGACUCUUAUGUUGGACAGACGCUAAACUUUGUUCAUUUGAAAAAAGGUUUGUUGAUAUCUUUAAUGUCUAACAAUGGUAGACGUUAACAUUAAGACGUUGGGUUUUGUUCUCCAUUCCUUUCGACUAAAUGUUUUUACUCUACGUCAAGAUUUUUUCAAAUCAACCAAAACCCGGCUAUAGCAGGCGUAUUUUAGUUUGUGCUAAUCAGGGGAUUUUAAUUCGAAUUUUGGCGUUUCCAUGAUAAUUUUCCGAUGCGCAUCUAAACAGGCUGAUGGAAACAUGGCUUAUGACCAACAGCACAAGCUCCAGAAAAUACACCCCACCAAAGGUCAGCCUUCCCCGGCUGUGGAGGUCAGCUGUAACCCUACACUGGCUAAACCAAAACUGGAUUUUAAUCAUGGACAACUGCAGCUAAAAAGACUUAAUGAAGCCUCUCCAUCUUUUAGGCAGAGUUCUGGGAAAAUAGCGUUUC